AUGGCGGAACACCUCGUUUUCCACCCGCAGCUCACAAAAGCCGAUGCCCUGAUCCUCGACGGCUUGCGCCAAGACAUCAACGAGUACAAGCAACCAAAGGUCAAUGCCGACGUCUCAACUCAAGAUGGCCAAACCCCAGCUCUACGCCAAAGAGCAGCCAAUGGCGAACCUUCCAAAGCCCGCGACGAGGAUCUGUUACGCCAUCUUCAAUCCAUGAAUGAUCCCAAGGAUGCCCACUUUGAAGAAAGCAUAACCAGCACCUGGGACUUUGAUCAGAUCAAGUUGCCACUUUUCCUCGAGAAGCUGGUGCUACGACCUUAUGUGCGCAUUGCGAAAUCUAUUGUUCGCGUCGACACAGAUGUCAUCAUGCUCACCCAUCUCCUCCUCUACUUCUCUACAUCCGUACCCAGUGCCAUCCAGCUCUUUCGGAAUUUCUCAUGGAUUCAUGGAAUUCUUCACUUCAUCAUGCAGUUCACAUACAUGGGUUCUUACACACUGUUGAUGCACCAGCACAUCCACAUGCGAGGUGUUCUCAACAAGCGUUUCGCUUUGUUCGAUAGCUUGUUCCCUUACAUCACCGAUCCGCUCAUGGGCCAUACCUGGAACUCUUACUUUUACCACCACGUCAAGCAUCACCACGUCGAAGGCAACGGACCCAACGAUCUCUCGUCAACCAUUCGGUAUCAGCGAGACAGCAUUCUUCACUUGCUACACUACAUCGGCAAGUUCCUCUUCUUUGUCUGGCUUGAGCUUCCGCUCUACUUUAUCCGAAAUGGAAAGACCAUGACUGGAAUGAAGGCUGCCUUUUGGGAGCUGUCCGACUAUGCUUUCCUCACUACCAUGUUUUGCCUCAACCGAAAUGCUACAAUCUGCGUGUUCCUCAUGCCAUUGGGUCUUAUGAGACUGGGCAUGAUGAUGGGUAACUGGGGCCAACACGCCUUUGUAGACGAGCAUGAGCCCGACUCGGACUACCGUUCAAGCAUUACGGUUAUUGAUGUUAUGAGCAACCGUCAAUGCUACAACGAUGGCUACCACACUUCUCACCACCUCAACCCUCGUCGCCACUGGCGCGACCACCCCGUGCACUUCCAAAAGUCGAAGCACACCUAUGCCGAGGAGCACGCUCUGGUCUUCCACGAUAUCGAUUACUUCAUGAUCACUGUUAGACUGAUGAUGAAGGAUUACAAGACCCUUGCCAAGUGUCUGGUGCCCAUCGGUGAUCAGAUCGGGCUGACCAUGGAUGAGCGAGCUGCCAUGUUGAAGCGAACCACGCGACGCUUCACCGAGGAGGAGAUCCAGAAGAAGUUCAAGAGGCAGUAG